UUGUUUUAGUACAUAGUUCACGCUUGACCUUUGUUACGCGGUCUGCCUUCAGCAUGUCCCACAGGAAGUUUUCAGCACCUCGGCAUGGCUCGAUGGGCUUUACCCCGAAGAAACGAAGUCGCAGAAUCCGGGGAAAGUGCAAAGCCUUUCCCAAGGAUCGUCGUUCUUUACCACCACACCUUACUGCUUUCCUAGGUUACAAAGCCGGAAUGACCCAUAUCGUUCGCGAAGUAGAUCGCCCUGGUUCCAAAGUCCACAAACGGGAGAUUGUUGAGCCGGUUACUGUACUUGAAUGCCCCCCAAUGGUAAUUGUUGGCAUGGUGGGAUACUCACCAACCGCCCGCGGUCUCCGUACCUUCAAGACAGUUUGGGCAGAGCAUUUGACAGAAGAUUGCCGUAGAAGAUUUUAUAAGGAUUGGUGCAAGUCUAAAAAGAAGGCUUUUACUAAGGCAUCUAAAAAGUGGGCUGAUGAAGCUGGUCUAAGAGAGAUAAACCGUGACCUUAAGAAGAUUAAGAAGUACUGCACUGUUGUUCGCGCGAUCGCGCACACUCAGAUGCGACUCAUGAAACACCGCCAAAAGAAGGCCCACAUAAUGGAGAUUCAGGUGAAUGGCGGCACAGUAUCCCAAAAAGUCGACUGGAUAAAGUCUCAAUUUGAAAAGCAGGUGCCGGUGAUGAACGUUUUUGCUCAAGACGAAAUGGUUGAUGUGAUUGGUGUAACCAAAGGCAAGGGCUUUAAAGGCGUCACAUCGAGGUGGCACACGAAGAAGCUGCCACGCAAGACCCACAAAGGCCUACGUAAGGUAGCUUGUAUCGGAUCUUGGCAUCCGGCGCGCGUCGGAUACACUGUCGCUCGUGCCGGGCAGAAAGGUUACUUUCAUCGUACCGAACUUAAUAAAAAGAUAUAUCGCAUUGGUCUAGGACUUCAAGCCCAGUUAGAAGCUGCCAAAGCGGAAGCCGCUAAAGAAGAAACCAAGGACAAAGUUGCACUCGUUAAGCCCAAGGGAAACGCGUCCACUGAGUUUGAUCUUACAGCUAAAAAUAUAACCCCCAUGGGUGGUUUCCCACACUAUGGGGAAGUUCGCAACGACUACAUUAUGAUCAAGGGGUGUUGCAUGGGUCCAAAAAAACGUGUGAUAACAAUCAGGAAAACUAUUCUCGCUCAAGUUAACCGGCGAUCAAAGGAAAAAGUCGUUCUCAAAUUUAUCGAUACGUCCUCCAAAUUCGGCCACGGUCGUUUCCAAACCAGGGCGGAGAAAAAUGCAGUCAUGGGUCCACUGAGGAAAAAUAUUGGGCGCUGGUAAACCACUAUAUGACUGGUAAUAAAUAUUUGGG